UAAGAUAACUAUUUAGUCACAGUACGUUGUCGGUACACUGCGGUGUACGCUAAACAAAAAUGUUACAGAUAAUAUAAUUGCAUUAAAGAAAAAGUGUAUAUUAAUUAUGUCGUUAAAAUUAGAGAUAUUAAAAUAGAAAUAUAGGUUUUUAAAAGAGGUAAUUAAGAAAAGGUAAAUAGAGGUACAAAAUAUUUUAAUAUGAAUUUGAAACACUAUUUCUACAAAUGCAUACAAUUAUGCAUACAAUAGUGACUUGUUAAUAACAGAUAACAGCAAGCAAUAGUGACUUGUCAAUAACAGCAAGCAAUAGUGACUUGUCAAUAACAGCAAGCAAUAGUGAUUUGUCAAUAACAGUGCCAAUUGUAGUUAUAGUGAUUGAGAACUUUAAUUUCACUACUGUAACACAUUUUUAUUCAUGGCUGGAAGUAACAAGACAGUGGUCCUAUGCAAAGGAUUGUCUGAAAAGAAUGACAGACAGGAAAAAUACAUCGAAAUGUUGGCAUUGGCUGGUUACAGUUGUGAAUGUUUACAAACUUUGCGAUUUGAAUUUGUAAAUAUCUCAGAGUUGCGAGCAUAUCUGUCAGUAGCUGAUAGAUAUAGUGGUAAAUAUUAUAUUAUUUCUACUAUAAUUAAAUGUGUAUGUCAUCGAUUCUUAUUAAUUGCAGGUUUAAUAUUAACAAGUCCUCGUACAGUUGAAGCUGUCACGCUGGCAGUGAAAGAAGAUACAAGUAUCUUGCGCCACUGGAAGCAGAUGCCAGCUUACUGUGUGGGAUCUGCAACAGAUUCUCUCGCAAGAAGUCAACUCAAUUUGCAAAAUUGUAUAGGUAGUCAGACUGGUAAUUCGAAACAACUCGCUGAGAAAAUUGUUCUCGAUGUAAAGAGAGAUUCAAAACCAUUACUUUAUCCAUGCAGUGAAAUUGCCCGUGAAACUAUACAAUCUAUCGUUGAAGAUAGUGGAAUUUCCAUUGAAAAAAUUGUGGUGUACAGAACAUUAGAGAGCGAAACGCUUGAGCAAGAGUUGCCGAAGAUACUCGCAAAGUCUAGUCCCAGUAUAUUAGUCUUUUUCAGUCCGUCUACAGUGGAAUAUAUUACAGUGCAGCUUAAGAGAAGUUUCUAUAGUGUCAAAGAUAUAAAAGCGGUAGCAAUAGGACCUGUGACGAGAGAUGCGUUAAUUAAUUCUGGUUUCAAUGUGUAUGCCACUGCAGAUAAACCUGAACCAGUAGCUUUGAUGCGAGCAAUCACAGCUGCUGAAUUUGUAGAAAAUUUAAAUAAGAGUAUUUCAUGAAAAUAUGAUAUACAAAUUUGAUACCAUUUGUCAACAUUUUUAAUAUUUUAACUGUUGCAACACGCGUACAUUUUUUAAUAUAUAAAUAUUUUAAAUUAUUUUAUUUCAUAAUAAAUCUUCCUUUCUAAUUCAUAUAUGUUUGUUAACAAUAACUAUGUAAAUAAUGUACAUAUGAUAUUUUGGAAGAUUAUAAAAAAGCAGAUAUGUAUAUACGAGUGCAUAAUAUAUCUUAGCAAUUAUAAUUUUGAAUGGAACCGUCAUCAGAGUGUUUCCUUGUAUCACAUUCUUUUUACUGAAUAAGAACAUAUAAUAAAUUUGUUGAUAAAAGCGCUUGCAAA